AUGAGAAUUGCGAGCUAUUUGCUUCUCGCAGCUGCCACUAUUGGCAAUCUGGUAGGGGCGGUUCCUGCGACGGAUAUCCAGCUUGAGAAACGGCAAACUACGGAUCGCCUAGUCUUCGCCCAUUUCAUGAUCGGUAUUGUCAGCAACAGAGGCUCUCCAGCAGACUUUGAUGAUGAUAUGAAACGUGCAAAAGCUCUGGGAAUUGAUGCGUUCGCUCUCAAUAUCGGUGUUGACCCUUAUACUGAUGCGCAGCUGAACCUGGCCUACCAAUCCGCCGCCAACAAUGGCAUGAAGGUCUUUAUAUCUUUUGAUUUCAAUUGGUAUCAUACCAACCAGGCCGUUGAGGUUGCGAACAAAAUCAAACAGUAUAUGAACCUUCCGGCGCAAUUAUACGUUGAGAAUAAAGUAUUUGUGUCGUCCUUCGCUGGCGAUGGCCUGGAUGUCCCAGCACUCCGAGCAAAUGUCGGAAAGGAAAUUUUCUUCGCUCCAAACUUCCACCCGGAAAUGGGAACAAACUUUGGUACUAUCGAUGGGGCUCUGAACUGGAUGGCAUGGCCGAAUAAUGGCGAUAAUAAAGCACCUACUGCAGGACGCCAUGUGUCGGUCCAAGAAGGGGACCAGGCCUAUAUUCGUGCUCUCGCAGGGAAACCAUAUAUCGCACCUGUUUCUCCCUGGUUCUUCUGCCAUUUUGGACCGGAAGUUCCUUACAGCAAGAACUGGGUUUUCCCCUCAGAUCUCUUAUGGUACGAUAGAUGGGUCGAAAUCUUGACUCUAGGGCCCCGUUUCAUUGAAGUCGUUACUUGGAAUGACUAUGGUGAGGCCCAUUACAUUGGUCCUCUCAGCUCUUCUCAUACAGACGAUGGCUCAUCCAAAUACGUGAACGAUUUGCCGCACGGAGGCUGGAUGGACAUGGCUAAGCCGUUUAUCGCUGCCUAUAAAGCCGGGGCUACAUCCGUCGACAGCUUCAUCCAGGAUGAGCAGGUUGUCUAUUGGUACCGACCAACACCUCGGGCCCUAAAUUGCGACGCUACGGACACCUGUAUGGUAACGGCUGACAAUAGCAGCGGGAAUUAUUUCAUGGGUCGACCCAAUGGAUGGGAAACCAUGGAAGACUCAGUUUUCGUUGUCUCGCUGCUCAAAUCUCCUGCUACCCUGAUUGUCAAUUCAGGUAACAAUCAAAAGGUGUUCAAUGCGCCAGCCGGAACCAGUUCAUAUACUGUCCCGAUGGGCGUGGGAGCACAAAGCUUUUUGCUUGCCAGAAACAAUCAAGUGGUUUUCGCUGGAACAAGUAGUAAGGACAUAAUUGACACUUGUGUAUGCGGGAUCUAUAAUUUCAAUCCAUACGUUGGCGCUAUUCCACCCCUUCCGUACGAUUCCCUGAAACCUCCAAGCUUGGGUAACUUUGUCAAUGGUCUCAAAGUCCAAACUUGUCAAGCGGUACCAUCCCUCGCUAGUACAACCCGGCCGCCACCAACUUUGCCAGCCACAUUCACAACACCCUCAACUUCUUCCCGGGCUACGACCACAGGGAGUCCUACAUCUCGUACGACUACUAGUACUACUAGCACUCCUACAUAUUCUUCUACAACUAUAGGAGGAAGCGUUUGUGAUAUCAUAACCACUACGACAACAAUUACCACCGUCCAGACAAGCACCCGAACAGUUACGGUGACGGGAACUAGUCGUACUACUACAAUGGCAACGACAACCACAAGCGCCUCAAACCCACAAGGAACGACCUGCACUGCUGGUAUGGGUUCUGGAAACUACGCCGGGCUCUGUAGCUUCUGCUGCUCUUACGGCUAUUGUCCCCCUGGACCAUGCACUUGUUCCGCUUGGGGCGUACCUCCUCAAGCACCUCCAGCAUCUGACUACGAUGGAAAGCCAGCCCCUGGACUAGAUAAUUCUUAUCUUGGACUUUGUAGCUUUGCUUGUAGCCACAGCUAUUGCCCUUCAACUGCUUGUGCGAGAGUCUAG